GUGGUUUUCCUAUAUAAACUUAGUUGAAUCUUGUCAAAUUUCAACAAAUAAUUUUCUUGAAGGAAAAAAAAUAAAAAUAAUGGAAGGAACAAAAAAACCAACAAGUUCUUCAUUUACUUCUGAUCUUUUUGGUUCUAAGGAAACUUCUAAUUCUUCAUCUUCUGGAAUUUUUGGUUCUAUUUUCCCUCCUCCUUCUCAGGGGCAUGGAUCAGUGAAUUCCGAGCAAGCGAAGCAAGAUUCUGUGAUUCAUGCAAGAAAUGCUAAAGGAAGUACUCCUAACAAUGAAGCUUCCAGCCAGGCCGCACAAAACAAGCAGCCUAGUUCGUUUUAUCAGAAUGAGAAAGUACAGCCAUGCCAUCUUAGCUCAUCGAUAUACUACGGGGGUCAAGAUGUCUAUUCAUUUCCCCAAAAUAACCAGAACUCUACAUACACAACUUUCAACAAAGAUAAUGGAGAAGAUGAUUCCGGAAGUGCGUCUCGAGGGAACUGGUGGCAAGGGUCUCUUUACUACUAAGAGCUGACCACCAAAUAGCAUGGAUGUUACAUAUACUCAAGGAAGUUAAAUAUAUAUAGAGAAGCAGUUAUCUACCUCAAUAUUAAAGGAGGACGAUUACUAGUAAUUAGCUAAAUAUAUAAACCACUAGUUGGUUGGACUUUACAGAUUAUUAUAAUUAUUAGUAUAUGUAAUUGUAGUUAAUUAGUGUUUUUCUCUUACUUUCCUUGUAAAGGACUAUAGACCUUGUGCACUUACUUUUAUAAUGUAAUGUAAAGACGUUCUGUUUAGGAACUAUAGCUUACAACUUUUGUGCUUUGAAGACUUCUUUUUGGACUUCAAAUCCUUUUCUUUUUUGUUGAAGAAAAUAUGAUUUUAUA